AUGCGAGCGAGCCGGCGCGGGCGGCCGAGCGCCGAGGGCAUCGAUCGGGGCGGCCGCGGGCGUCGCCAUGCCGCUGCCGGCCGGAGGCUGCCGCCGCGUUCCCGCCGCCACCGCCCGGCGGCUGCUGCUGCUGUUGGGGCCCCGCGCACGGGUGUCAGGAAGCCAUGUGUGUAACCAGUACGGAACAUCAAGUUCUCUGCCUGAGGAGACAAAAAAAAUUCUCCAAGAUGGACCAGACUUAGAAGACUUUGUAUCAGGAGAUUUGGCAGACAAGAGUGCGUGGGCUGAGUAUAAAGGCAAUUUAAAGCGUCAGAAAGGAGAAAGGCUACGACUUCCUCCAUGGCUGAAAACAGAGAUUCCCAUGGGCAAGAAUUACAAUAAACUGAAAAAUACCUUGAGAAGUUUAAAUCUGCACACGGUAUGUGAGGAAGCACGUUGUCCCAACAUUGGAGAAUGUUGGGGAGGUGGUGAAUAUGCUACAGCUACAGCUACUAUCAUGCUGAUGGGUGACACGUGUACUAGAGGUUGCAGAUUUUGUUCAGUAAAGACAGCAAAAAAUCCACCUCCCCUGGAUCCCGAGGAGCCUUACAACACAGCAAAAGCUAUUGCUGAGUGGGGCUUGGAUUACGUUGUAUUGACAUCUGUGGACAGAGACGAUAUUCCUGAUGGUGGAGCAGAGCACUUUGCAAAGACGGUCUCCCAUCUGAAAGAAAGGAACUCAAAAAUUCUUGUAGAAUGCCUUACUCCUGAUUUUCGAGGGGACCUCAACGCUGUGGAGAAGGUAGCGCUCUCAGGGCUGGACGUGUACGCCCACAACGUGGAAACGGUUCCAGAAUUACAGAGGAAAGUCCGCGAUCCCCGAGCCAACUUCGAGCAGUCCGUCCGUGUGCUGAAGCACGCCAAGGAGGUGCAGCCCCGUGUCAUUUCCAAAACCUCCCUCAUGCUGGGGCUGGGUGAGACGGACGAACAGGUGUUUUCCACGAUGAAGCUAUUGCGUGAAGCAGGUGUAGAUUGUUUGACUCUAGGACAAUACAUGCAACCAACAAAACGUCAUCUAAAGGUUGAAGAGUAUGUAACGCCUGAAAAAUUUAAAUACUGGGAAAAAGUAGGAAAUGAUCUUGGAUUCCAUUACACAGCCAGCGGGCCUCUAGUGCGUUCCUCCUAUAAAGCAGGUGAAUUCUUCUUGAAGAACUUAGUGGAAAAAAGAAAGACGAAAGUCAUCUGAAAACGAGAGCGAGCCUAUUUAAAGCAGCCAGUUCUAAGGAUCCUUUUUCAGCACAUAAUUAUACCCAGUUCCAGAAAUACAGAAGAGCAGAUGGUGGAGGCAUGAAUAACCUCACUAUCUUUCCAGAACAUUUUACUCUCACCAAAACACUUAACGUUAUUGUACCUAACUCCUCCUGGCAGUGCUACAACUACGUAGUACUUCCAGCAAUAAGUAAUAAGUCAGAAGACAGAACUGAUUUUGAAAGAGCAAAGCAACUGAAGUAAGAUCAAAAAUAAUCAGAGGUUUAAGUAAACAGGUUUGAGAUACUACCAUCAACGCUGCUGCAGUUAGACACCUGUUAAGAUGCCAAUAACAGGCAAUUUGAAAGGUAUCUUGCUGCAUCUUACCAUUAUCACGUAACAUAAGCUUGCAGGGACUGUGGGAAAUAAAAGAAUUCUAAAGAAGCGUAUGCGACAAAGGACCACAUUAGGACUAUCUUGAACCACACCAGAGAAGUACUGUUAAUAUUUGUUCAAGAAGUUAUGUCUUUUGCCCGCAUCUUAAGAAAAUUAACUGUGCCAUUCUGAGAGUUAAUGCUUUUCAGGUGUCUCAAGGGGUGAGUCUCAAUAAGGUGGCAAGUUGAAGAAAACAAGAACUCUCUGUGGCAAGAUAAUUAACUUCAUACAGAUAUCAAUUUAAAACAUAAGGAAAUUCCUGGUUGCCAGAGCAGCAGAGACAGAGCCACCUUUAGCUUGGGUAUGUGACUCUAACAAACCCCACUGCUUUGUACAGGUGCUGCUUCAGCAUUGUGUGUGCAGAUCUGUACGUAUCCUGUACUGUAUUUCUGCUCUGUUGUUGUUGUCUUGGGAUUAAAGGAAAGUUCUAUACCCAGUCUAAGGGCGUGGUGGUUGUAUUCAGUCUGGGUACCUGCCCCAGGAGACUUGGUCUGAGUGUUAAAUCUGAAUGCAGAAGAGUAAACUGCACUGUGACUGAAAUGUAGAGUCUGUUGGGUACUGUACUAAGCUCAGGCAGAAAUAAAAAUGUGGCAUAUGGAACACGA